GUUACCUGCAGUUUGUUCUUUAUCUCAGUAACAAUGAGUCAAUUACGAUCUCUGUACAUGUUACUGCACGAAGAUUUUAGAGAAGUAAUAAAAUCGAAAGACGUGGAUUUACAAAUAAAGCAAAUUGUUCGACGACAUUCAGCGCUUUCAGACCUGUUAAUUGAGAUGAGUGACGCGUUUGGCGCUAUUUUCACUAUCCAUGUUCUAUUUUUGUCAGUUACGAUUUGUUUCUAUGGAAUUGCCGCAAGAAUUAAUGCUAGACUAGAGGAUUUGAAUAAUUUUCUGAUUUCGGUAAUAACUGCAGUCAAUAUUUACAACUGCUGCAGACACGGUCAACUCGUCACCGAUUCGGCUGUAGAUGUCGCAACUGUUGCAUACGAUAGUGUUUGGGAGGAUCUAUCGUGUAAACAUAUGAAGAUCAUUCUGCUUGCAAUAUUAAGGUCACAGCAAGCUUCUUACAUCCGCUCCAUGAAAUGCUCUGAAAUUUCUUUGAAGACAUUUAUAACGAUUAUGAAUAUGACUUGGUCCUUUAUCUCUUUGGUUACAAAGCUGUAUCAAGACUAAUGGAUUUCUUGUUGUAUAU